AUGAGGCUCUGGAGGAGGGGCUGUUCCAAGGUCCUCUGUGCCAAACUCACUCUGCUAGCAGCCACCAUUCUGCUGGUGUUUUACAUCAGAGAGACCAUGCUCAGUCUGGAGGAGGCUGCUGUGGCCCAGAGACCCUUGCACCUGGAGAAGGCUAUACACCACUUGAGAAAAGGCAUGAAAUUGACUAAGAAGCAACAAGGCCACAUGGGACACACAUCAAAGUGGGGAAAUGCUGAAUUCUACCCUGAUUGGGAAGGAAUAAAAGCAAGGUUGGCGCCCAAGAAAUUCUCCCUGAGCUGGAAGAUCUUACCACAAUGGGGGAAGGGGCUCUCUACGGCUCAGCAGGAAGAGGCCUGGGACUUGUUCUUGGAGUUCGGUUACAACGUGUUCCUCAGCAACCAGCUGCCCUAUAAUCGCAGCAUCCCUGACACCCGCGACAUCAGGUGUCUUCUGAAGACAUACCCUGCCCAACUCCCAUCACUCAGCGUCAUCCUCAUAUUCAUGGAUGAAGCUCUCUCCAUCAUCGAGAGGGCCAUCACCAGCAUCAUCAACCGGACCCCACCCCGGCUGCUGAAGGAGAUCAUCCUGGUGGAUGACUUCAGCUCCCACGGAGAACUGAAGGCACGACUGGAUGAGAAGAUUAAGGUUUACAACCAGAACUAUCCAGUCGUCCUGAAACUCAUGAGGCACAAAAAGAGGAGAGGUCUUGCACAAGCCCGGAACACCGGCCUGGAGGCUGCUACAGCUGAUGUGGUCGCCAUCUUGGAUGCUCACAUUGAAGUGAAUGUUGGAUGGGCAGAGCCCAUUUUGGCUCGGAUCCAGGAAGACCACACUGUGGUCGUGUCCCCCGUGUUUGACAAUAUUAACUUUGAUACAUUUGAACUGAAAAAGUACAAACUGGCAGCCUAUGGGUUUAGCUGGAAGCUGUGGUGCCAGUAUGAUCGUAUCCCACAGGCCUGGAUUGAUCUGGGUGAUGUCACUGCCCCAAUGAGGAGUCCUUCCAUCAUGGGCAUCCUGGCUGCCAACAGGAUCUUCUUGGAAGAGCUAGGGGCUCUGGAUGGCGGGAUGCUGUUCUAUGGAGGGGAGAAUGUGGAGCUUAGCCUGAGGGUGUGGCAGUGUGGAGGGAAGAUUGAAAUCUUACCCUGCUCCCGGGUCGGUCAUCUGGAGAGACACCACAAGCCCUAUGUCAUGGACCCAGGCAUUCUGUUGCGGCGUAACGCACUGCGAGUGGCCGAAAUCUGGAUGGACAAAUACAAAGACAUGGUCUACUUGGCCUGGAACAUCCCUCUCCAGAACUCUGGAAUCGACUAUGGAGACAUUUCUUCUAGAAAGGCACUCAGGGAGAAACUGAAAUGCAAAACUUUUGACUGGUACCUGAAAAAUAUCUACCCACUCUUGAAGCCAAUCUCCAACAUUGUCUGCUACGGAAGAAUGAAAAAUUCAUUGGAUGAAAAUGUUUGCCUGGAUCGAGGACCUGCUCCAGGCGACUCUCCCAAAAUGGCCCGCUGUCAUGAGUUCCGUGCACAGAACAUAUACUACCUCCUCUCUGGGGAAUUCUACGUGGGGGAACUAAUUGCAAAAGAAGACAUCUAUGAACGACAAUAUUGCCUAACAGACAGCGGGGGGAAGCCCACACUGGAGCUGUGUUCUGAGGCAGUGAAAAGCAGACAGCACAUCUACUGGGAUUUUCAGCAGGGAAAAUCCAUCAAAAACAGGGAUACCGCAAGGUGUCUGGAGAUCAGGAAGGACCCCUCGGGCCCCUACAGGCUUGUGUUAGAGAACUGUACCCAACAAAUAUGGAACAUCCAGCAUAUAGGCAGAACUUGGGCCACUGACAGCCAGUGA